GGAUUGGUCAGGGGCAGAAAUAUAGUGCGACACAUGAUCAUCCUCUGAUCUUACUCUAAAUAUCUCAGGGGUACUAGGAGGAUUUCUGACAGGGCAGCCGUAUCUACACAGAAAUGCCGCUGGAUGGAAGAGAAUAAAGUUAAUGCAGCACCUGGAGGUGGAAAAUAUUCCAAAACCAACUGAACUACAUCUGUGAAAGAUAACAAAGGUAUGACCACUCUUUUAGUUGGAAUCCCAGUAAUGAAGUUUGCUACUCAGUGAGCAAUAAAACUACAAGAAGACAGAGAGAAACUAUGUCUGCAUCAACUGCAGUUAGUAACAAAGUGCUGCCUGACCUCACGUUUGUGCUAACCGGUGAGCGAAAUGCCAUUGACUUUGGACCGAGAAACAUUUUAUUUGACCAUGAUGAAGAAAGAAAUGCCGAACAGUUUUCAUCCAAACUAUAUGAUUUGUGUGGCCGGCACAUCUCGGUCAUCAACAUUCUUGGUCUGCAAAAUAUUGACAAAAUCCCUUUAAACCAGGGAAUUCAUGCCUUUAUCUUACUGCUACCAUAUGGUCGGCAUAGCAGCCAUUACACCUCAGGGGUUCAGUGGCUUGAAAAAGCUUUUGGGAAAGGAUCUCUUCCUUAUGUAAUGACAGUUGUGACUCGGUGGCCGGGUGAAAAAUGUGAAAGUGCACUGGCAGACCUGAAAGCUAACAGCAGAUUUAGUGAAAAAAGAUGCCACACGUGCACAAGAGGCAUGACGGAUGCCAACGAGAUAAUAGAUCUCUUAGAGAAAAUAGAUGUCAUGGUCUCUGAAAACAACCCCCACUGCUACAGCAGACUCAUGCACGAGGAACAUGAAGAGCUGGACCAAAAAGAAGAAAUGGUCAAGAGAGGUACCCUGAGAAUGAAUAAGAGUGGAAACAAGAAUAAGGAUCUAUUAGAUGUUUCUGAAGAAAACUACACAAUGAAACACAGUCAACGAGAAGAUGAAAGACUACUCAGAAGACUCAACCUUCAAGACAAACAUCAGCAGAAGAUGUCAACAGCAGACUUUCUUAAAAUAGGUCCUCCUGUGAAACAGGGCCGUGACACGUCUGAGAAAGAUUUAGCUCUUACUUUUCUUCACAGGUUGCUGAUGUUAGACUAUAGAGCCAGAUACAUUCCUGUAAGACAAGACAAUCCUGCUGUGGGAGAUUCACAGUCUGUACAAAUGUCUGAUAUUGAAGACACAGAUGAUGAUGACUUUGAUGCUCUAUUUAGUGAAAGUGUAGACUCUGAUGAAUCAAAACAGUUUCAUUUGCAUCCAAUGGAUGUUCAGAUGGCAGUGUUUCACUGCUCAGACAGUUUUCUGAAGCAGAACCUGGUUACAAAGCUAUCACAGUGUCAGUACGCCUUACCUUUGCUUGUCCCUGACCCAGUAACAAAGGAUAUUGAAUGUCCUUUGUGGACAUUCAGGCAGAUAACAAAAACGUGGAAGAAAACUCAAAUCAAGGAUAAUUCACAUGCCAUGACCAUGAAGACUAUGCCCAUUUGCAAAGCUGAGACACCCAUGGUGUUUUUCUUCCGCCUGGGUUCACUUCCAGUGUCAAAAUCUCAGCUCAUGAACACUGUGAUCAAUGACCGUCACAGCACCUUCUUCCAUAGAAAUUGUCCAGGUAGCACCAAAUCUCGCCUGCUGAUGGAUGGUGUGGCAGAGAUUGCCUGGUACUGUCCAGCCGGAAAACCCAAUGACUCCUUUACAGACUGCAUUGCCUUUUGUAAUCUUCAUGGUGAUGCUCUGUCAUUUGAAAAACAGCGUGAGAUACUGACAGAAAAAUCAUCAGUCACUGUUGUUCUUGUGCCAACUCUGGCAAAAGGCCAGAAAAGUACCACAGUAAUCCAAGACCUUUUCAAGUUACCAAAGUGGCUCAUUAUUCUCAUUGCUGAUAAUGAUUGUGGUGCUCUUCAAGUGAAAAAGAGAAAAUACAAAAUGGGUCUGAAAGACAGAAGUCAGUCAGAUGUUUCUGAAGAACUGAAAGGAAUUAUCAGAACGAUUUUACAUGAACCUGAUAAUACAUCCUUCCAGCUUGAAUCCAUGGCCAAAGUCCCUGGAGUCAGAGUGGAUGAAGAUGAUGAAGUCUGUCAAAAAGGGAAAUCAGCUGCAAUGAAAACAGUUAAUAUACUUCAAGGGAUGGAAAUUUCAAAGAUCAAAGUUACGUUUCUACCUUGUCAAGGUGAUCUGUGGCACAAGUGGUGCAGAAUAAAUAAAGAGCUGUAUAACCUUAAAGGAAAAACCGAGCAGGAAAAAAGUGAGAAACAACAGCAGCUGAUGCAAUUAAGACAAAAUCAAUGCAAAGCUUCAUGUAGUGAACUGAUGAAGUCAUUCACAGAAAGCCUCUUGUCUUUGCCAUCAAAAGAGAAGGAGUACUUCCUGAAAUGGACUCAGAUCUUAAUAGAUGCCCUAUCCACAGACGAUCUCUCUUCAAUUCUCCAAAGCUAUGAUGAAAAGUGGACUGAGGUCUUGACUCUGAAGAAGAAACACGACAAAUCUGAUCUGUUAACAAGUAAACAAACUGAGCUUGAACAAAUAUCCAAAAAACUGCAGUCUGCAACCUUUGGCUUGGAGCACAUCUUCAGAGAAAUGGGACAGCUCUAUGAAGCCCAUAGAGCAGUACAAGCAGAGAGCAGACACACUGAGUGGUCUAAAUACCCUGAACUGGCUGCAGAUUUGAUGAUUUCAGGACACCCAGUGGAGCUGAUGGAUGGUGAUGCAGGUCAUGUCCCGUUAACAUGGAUCUCUAGUUUUUUAGAUGAAGUCAUCAAGAAACUAGGCGACCAGAGAGUUUUUGUGUUGUCAGUUUUGGGCGUACAAAGCAGUGGAAAAUCAACAAUGCUGAAUGCCAUGUUUGGACUGAAGUUUGCAGUGAGUGCAGGCAGGUGCACCAAAGGUGCCUUCAUGCAGCUGGUCAAAGUGUCAGAGGAAAUCAAGAAAGACUUCCAGUUUGACUAUUUUCUAGUGGUGGACACUGAAGGACUACGGGCUCUUGAACUGGAAAGUAAUGCUACUCGUCAUCACGACAAUGAAUUGGCAACAUUUACGGUUGGUCUGGGAAACAUGACACUGAUCAACAUCUUUGGUGAGAAUCCAGCUGACAUGCAGGAUGUCCUGCAGAUUGUUGUUCAGGCUUUCAUGAGGAUGAAGAAAGUUAAACUUUCCCCAAGUUGUGUGUUUGUUCACCAGAAUGUGACAGAUAUCGCAGCUGCUGAGAAAAACAUGGAUGGGAAAAGACGCCUGCAAGAAAAACUGGACCAGAUGGCUCAGCUAGCUGCUAAAGAGGAGCUGUGUGAUGCUGAGUGCUUCAGUGAUAUCAUUGCCUUUGAUGUCCAAAAAGAUGUGAAAUACUUUGCCCAGUUAUGGGAGGGAAGUCCACCGAUGGCUCCUCCAAAUCCAGGCUACAGUGAGAGUGUCCAAGAGCUGAAGAACCUCAUUCUGUCUAAGGCUAAACAGUCCAAUGGGAUUACUAUCUCACAUUUCAAAAUCAAAAUUCAUGACUUGUGGAAUGCCCUGAUGAACGAACACUUUGUUUUCAACUUCAAAAACUCACUAGAAAUUGCAAUUUACAGAAAACUUGAGGUUGAAUAUGGGAACUGGACCUGGGCCCUGAGGAGCAACAUGCUGACUAUUGAAAACCAGCUUCACACCAAAAUUGAAAAUGGAGAACUUGACAAAGUUAAACGCAGUGAUCUUUUUAAAGAGAUGAGCAAAUCAUAUGAAGCAAUUAAAAAUGACUUGGUGACAUACUUUGAGGAUGAUGGAGACACAGAAAUACUGGUUCAGUGGAGAGGCCAAUUUGAAAACAAAAUAAAGGAGUUCCAAGAGGACCUGGUGAGAGGAGUGGAAAGAAAACUGGAUGAAAUUAUUCAGCAGAAGAAAGCUUGUAAAAAGCUGGAUGAUAAGAAAAAAGACUUUGAGAGCAAACUGCUGCUAAAGAGCAAAGAGCUCGCUCAUCAGUUAAAAGACAAAGCAAAAGAUGAAGAGGAACUUCAAAAACAGUUUAACAGUUUUUGGAGUGAUUGGGUUGAAAAAUUAACCGCAGAUAUACAACCCAUUGAGAACAUUAAUCUGGAAGACGAUCAAGCAAAUAUUCUUAAUAACCUUGGUUUUGAAUGGGCUCUUAUAAUUAGCUGCAAAAGCAAUGACAAAUACAAAACCAUAUCCAACGUUGGUGAUUAUUCUGAAUAUAUUUUGUUCAGCAAGCAGCAAGACACAAAAGAGAAAAUGAAAGUCAAAAAACUACUUAAAUAUUUUGAAGAUUGUGCUAUAAAAGAAUCUUUUCAAUUUGAAGAUAAACAAUUAAUCAGAGCCCUCAUAAGAAAUGUUGAAAAACAAUCACUUGAUAUAAUCAAGAGCAAACCUGUAGCAACAAGAGGCUACAGUCCGACUUACUUACAAGAAGUGGCCAAAAAUGUUCAGGAGAAAGUGACAGAGUUUGAAUCAAACAAGAAAUAUGAAUUCAAAAAGGAGUUCACAGUUGAUCUCUUACUGUAUGUGUUUGACAGGGCAGUCGUUUGGCUUUCACAGUCUCACAAAAAAUAUAAAAUGAACAAUGAUGCACUCACUUACCUGGAAAGCAAAAAAACACAAUACUACAACAUUUUCAGAAGCUUAUGCAAUGGAAACUCAUCUGCUGUUGUGUUUGGAGAAAUGAUCUGUGGAAAACUGAAGGUUUCUAUUGUUGAGGCUGUUUGUAACAAGACUGCCAUUGAUCUCGCUGGAGAGAUGAGGUGCACUUUCCCAGCAUUCAAUGGGAACAGACUGAACUUAGAGAAACAUUUGUUGAAGUCACUUGCAGAGAAAGAGGACUUUGAUGCUUUCAUCAACUACAUCCAAAAUCCGAGGAAGCAAGUCGAGGUUUUUAUUGAAGAGAAAGUAAAUGAACAUAUGUCAGGAGAACACAAAAAUAAAGCACUCAAAAUACUCAGGAAAAAUGCAGGCAACAUGGAUGAGUUUGCCUAUCAAGCUUUAUUUGAUGCAACAAAUAACGUCAAAACACAAAGAGGAGACAUCGACAUGUGGGUAGAGGAAUUUUCCAGUUUCCUUAAAGAUAAACUGACUCUUGAAUCUAUCUCUUGUCAAAACUUCAGGGACAUAAACAAUUUUGAAUUUCUUAAAGAAGAGAUUGAGAAAGGUCUUAUAUCCAUCAAAGAGGAGAUGAAUCAGCUUUCCUUGGAUAAGAUGAAGGAAUUCAGGCUGAGACCUGAUCAAAUCCUCAUCGAUCAGCUGUGUGACUGCUGCUGGGAAACCUGCCCGUUCUGUGCAGCUGUUUGUACCAACACUGUUAAAGAUCACAGUCCUGAAGACCACAGCGUCCCCUUUCAUCGAUCUUUUGCAGUUAAGGGCGCACAGUAUCAUAACAGUGAGGAAAUGUGUAUUGAGUUCUGCACAACAAAGGUUGCAAGUGAUGGAAACUUUUAUGCUGGAAAAAAUACAACAAAACUAAUUCCUUUUAAACAGUAUCGGAGUGCUGGACCACCAUAUGCAAACUGGAGCAUAACCUCAGAUGAGUCUAAGCUGAAGUACUGGAAAUGGUUUGUGUGGCAAUUUCAGGAGGAACUGGAAAACCACUAUGCUUUAAAAUUCACAGGACGUGGUGAGAUUCCCAGCGAGUGGAAGACACACACUAAAGAAGCUGCUAUUCAAAGUCUGGAUGAAAUGUUCAGUACACACUAUGAGUAAAUCAGCACAGUUCCAACUCUCCUGAAAAUCACAGCAGCUGUGUUCAUGCGACAUUUUUAAAAAUUAAACUGUAUAAAAUGACAGUUACAUAAUCUUACUUAUUUAAAUUUAUAAUGUGGGCAGUGAAUAGGUGAUCAGACCGAUGCACAGAAACCUGCUUUACUGAAAGGAAUGCUUAUACAGACCAAAACAGUCAUUUGGAGAAUUUACAGUAGAAGAGAAAUAAAGGUAAAUGUAUCAAGGUUACUAUUAAAAGACGAUAUCACUGCCAAAGGAUUUCUGGAAGAGGAAACAGUUUUCAUAAAGGAGAAUUUAGUUUAUUGAUUAUAUUUAAAGAAAAGUGACAAUUACAUGUUUGAAUGAUUUUAUAUUUUAUGAUAUGAAGCAUCGUUAAUAUAGAAAAGAGCUGCUAUGUGAUGUAUUUUUUUGUCAAAACUGAUGAAUGUCUGCCUGUAGUCUGAAUCUCUCUUAGAUGAUCUUGUCUUACUCAUGUUACUGACCUGUUGCCAGUUAACCUAAUUCAUUGCAAAAUGUUUCUUUUGAGUACGACUUAAUUUAAAACCCUUUUUGCCCCAUUCCCAAAUUUUGUGAGACAUGUUACUGCCAUAAAAUGUAAAAAAGGCCGAUCGUUUUCUUAAAAUGCUACAUUUUGUCAGUUUAGUAGUUCUGCAAAUGAUUGCAUUCUGUUUUUAUUUGUUUUUAUUUACAUUUAUUUACAUUUACAUUUAUUGAAUUGUUAAUCAGUGACAACACAAAAUUUUACUCUUGUGUGAUUAAUGAUAGCAAAGAGGUUUAAUAAAUCUAACUGCUUCAUACCUGAA